AUGAACAGUGUUUUGUAUUUGGUAAAUGGUGAAUUAAGCAAUUUGGAUACAUGUUAUUAUUGUGAGUCCUGUAAUAAAAUUAUAAAUGGAGUCGAGACUAACUUAGAAAUAGAAUCUUACUACUGUCCGAAUUGCCUAGAUAAUAUCCCAUCCAGUGAAGCCUUUGAGACUAAUUUUUGUUGUUCAAGAUGUUUUGAUUGUCCUAGAUGUUCCAGUACUCUUGUAAACAUUGACAGUUCAACUAUGAUAAACAAUGAAGUUUUUAAUAAAUACCAAACUAAUCUAGUUAGACCAUUUAUGUAUUGUAGUCACUGUAAUUGGUCUUUCCCAAAUAUCAAUAAUAGCUCAGCGGAUAUUUUUGAAAAUUUAUUUAAUCUAAAGAUGGAUUUAUUUCAAUCAAAAUCUACCGAGGAUUUUGCCUCAAAACUGUCUACAUUUGGCCAAUUUGAAUUGGAUAAAACAAAGAGACAUAUAAAGUACAUAAAAAAUAGGAUAGAAUCAAGAGCACGAGUAGAAUAUGACACAAAACUAAAAAUAGGAUUAGGAAUGACUCACACAACACUAGAAAUGAACAUGGACAAGUCACUAAACCAGGAGGAAAAUAUUAGAGAUGGGCACUGGAGUAUUAGUGAUUUAGAGAAUGACUUAAUACAGAAGAGUUCAAGAUGCAAUAGUAAAGAUAUAUGGGUUAAUACUCCAAUAAUUAAACAACAUUUCAGCUGUAAAUAUCUAGAUAAUUAUCAACCUAGUAAAUUUAAUGGUCUAAGCUUGUUUCAAUAUUUGAAAAACCCUCAAUUUAUAAACCUAAAAUAUAUGAUCAAAAAUAGUUCAAUAUGUACCAACUUAUUCUACAAUAUUCCUUGUAGAAAACACUUAAUGGUUCAGAUAUCCAAGAGAUGUAAUAUUUGUCGACGUUUUGUUACAAAGGCACAGUUAAAUCCUCUAGCUCAACCUUCAUAUCGUAUUAACCUUUCUGCUAGUUUAUUUAUUCCAAAUUUAAGUGUCGUAUAUAGUGAAAAGAAUCCCAUAUAUAAAGAUAACGGAAUUACCCAGAUUGUUACUUUGCAAAUAGUAAACUAUAUGGAUAAACAGAUUCAAUUAAACUGGAUACCUAAAAAUUCUGAAAAUGAAGAAUUCAAUGAUCCAGAAAUAAGUAUUAACAAUAUUAUUGUUGAUAUAGAACCUAAAUCUAUUAUUUUAUGGUCUAAAUGGGAUCCUUCAAUUGAUCAAUUACCUCCUGAUAAAACACAAAAUACCUUUGAUGGCUCUACAAUAUUAACGGAUAUACGGAAUCGCAAUAAAUCUGAGAUAACCGUUAAAAUACAACAUAAAUCCAAGAUAUUUGAGAACAGACUUUCAGAUAAAAAACAUACUGAAGGUAUAAAUUUCCUUUUACAUGGAAAUACAACUUUUCAGACCCCUACUGCUAAUAAUGUAACCCUAGAAUUUUGUGUCUACAUUGACUUAAAGUAG